AUGUGCUCAACCAGAGCCUCACACACAAACACAAGCCCACAGUCACCACACUUCCAAGAAGCCCUCCAGAGAGUCAACACGCUAUGUCAUGCUGAGAAACAAGGAUUUUCUUCCCCAAACAUCUUGUUUGUUAUGAAAACAAGUGAGAACGUGCUCAUCCAUCAAAUGUUCCAGUGUAAGCUGACUCAGACGGGCUCAUUGGUUCCCCACCACCAGCGACUGAAGCUCCACGGGCCCAAAGGCACUUCUAACAAGAGCAAUACACUAAAUCCUGCAAGAGACGCCAAGAAAUAUGUGGAACUGAACAAGCUCCUGAAGAAGAAGGGAGCGACAUCCUUCCUGCAGAGACUGGAGCGCUGUGGACCAGUCACUACGGCAGUGCAGCUUAGGAACUCUCUUUCUGAGAUCACCAGUAAGCUGCAAGCAUGUACGCCGCACUUUGUUCAGUGUGUCAGGCCCAACAAUGCCGGAAAGCCUGAUGUGUUUGACAGCUUCCACGUGUCCUCACAUCUCCAGUACGUGGGAGUUCUGGAGAUGGUCCGCAUGAUCCGCUAUGGAUACCCAGUCCGCCUGUCUUUCACCAGCUUCCUGAGCAGAUACAGAGAGCUGGUGGACACCAUCCUCACCGACAGGAAGAAAGCAUCCGCAGAAGAGAAGUGCCGCCAGAUACUGCAGCAUUGUAAACUUCAGGGCUGGCAGACAGGGAACAGUAAGGUUUUCUUGAGAUACUGGCAGGCUGAUCACCUUAAUGACCGCUGCCAUCAGCUGCACAGGAAGAUUAUUAUCUGUCAGAAAGUGGUCCGUGGCUGGUUGGCCAGACAGUGUGUGCGUCGCAGGCUCACAUCUCGGCAGCAGGAGCAGUGUACAGUCCAGCGGUUCCUGCAGGGAGCAGAGGACUUGGGUAUGCGUGCUUACGACAGCAUGGUCAUCCAAAACGCAGCCGAUAUUGCACGAGAGAACGACCGCCUCCGAGGUCACAUCAGUGCUCCACCACUGGGUGAACGACCGGAACCUGUAGGCAAAGAAGAAGACUCGCCCAAGAGGGCUGUUGAAAAAAGUGGAAGGGUUAACGAUGUGGCAGGCCGUGGGGGGAACAGACCAAUCCGGCAUUUCCGCUCCAGCUCUGUGCCUCUCCCCCUGGUUAUGGACAGCUUGGUACACUCCAGCAUCGGGACAUCAAUCAAAGCAGCCCUUCAGCCUGCGCCAUACUCCACUGAGGAGGGGAAUGGAGGGAGCCUCUCCUCCCCACGAAAACAACCUCCUCCCAAACCCAAAAGAGACCCCAAUACACGUCUGAGUGCAUCAUACGAGGCAGUGAGUGCAGGGCUGAGUAUUGCACCCAAAGACAGCCCUGCUGAGGGUCAAGCCUCUCCAUCUGGAAGCCCACCAAAAACCCAGCUCUCUCCUUCUGAUCCUCUCUCUAAACCACGCCCUCACAGUGAUGACUACAGCACCAUGAAGAAGAUCCCACCCCCCAAGCCCAAACGCAGCCCUAAUACCAAACUGACGGGUUCUUAUGAGGAGAUAUCUGUACCUUCCCCUGCACGCCCCACGGACAUGAAAAUUGUCAGCCUGGUACGAGGCGGCCACUGCUUGGGCCUCAUCCAGCGAGCAGCAUCUGCGGAUGGCCCCCAUUUGUCUGUGCUAAGCCUCUACCCCUGUCAGGAUGAGGAGGAUGUGUAUAUCGAGAUGGUGGGGGCCUCACGAACCCUUAGCCUGGCUGACUCCCACAGUCCAGAGAUGGGAGAGGCGGUAUACGAGGAAAUGAAAUACUUCCCAACUGACGAGGUGGGGUCAGCUCCUGUGGCCAAGCCUGAAACUGUCAAUCCCACUACCGCUACCCUACCUGCCCCAGGGCUGGAAGUCAAGAGGCCCGUGACCUUGAUGGAUCACUCUGGCACUAUCGGAGUAAAGCAGCAGGGCAAGGAUGGGACUGCAUGUGACAUUCCAGCUCCAUUCCCUAACCUCCUUCAACACCGUCCCCCACUUCUAGUCUUCCCCCCGUCCCCUGUCACCUGCUCUCCGGCCUCGGAUGAGUCCCCCCUCACCCCCCUGGAGGUGAAGAAGCUGCCUGUGUUCGAGACCAACCUCAACUAUACCAGCCAGGAUGGGGGCAGCCCACUCUCACCCCAGUACACCCGUCAAAGAGCUGACUCCUCACCGAGUCUUUCUGUCUUAAUGCCAGACAAGUCCACGCCGCCCUUGACUCCUCCUCCCCCUUCGGCAGCACUUCCACCUCCUUACCGCCCCCCAUCCCACUUCCCCUUCCCCCCUGAACCAAACUUCUUUGCCCUGACACGUGCAGCUUCUGUGGCUACCACCGAUUCCCCCAAAGUCCCCCAUAAAAUAGGGCACGGUUUGGCAGAGACACCCCCAAGCAGUUCCAAGCCUCCCUUCUCCCCAGUAAAGACCUCACGGCCAGAGCCCCGCAGAUCUCAUUCCUGCUCCUCCUCACCUCUGCUCUUCAAUCCUGCCAAUGGGAGAUCCCUCACCAGCCCUCUGGAUGAGCUCAACACCCUUUUCAGCUCAGGGCGCAGCCUGCUCCGCAAGUCCACCACUGGGAGAAAGAUCCGUGACAGCGGACUCUCAAAUUCCAACAUCAACCUGCCAGGUCAAGAGGAUCAAGGCCCCAUCUCUCCAUCAGCACAGUUACAGGACAAAAAUGCCAACAACCACACCUCACCCAGCUCGUCAAACCCAGCACCCGUUGAGAAUGGCAACCAGAUCUCCAAUGGGACAUUGGAAGACGAGGGACAUCCAAAGUCAAAUGCGUCCAGUACCCCGGUGUUACACAGGCACAUGGACAGCCACCACACUCAGGUGCUCCAGAGGUCACGUGUAUGUGGGGAUCAGUGGGCCACUCUGCAGGAAUUAUUGUGCUGGCGGAGGAGUGUUUGUGAUGGUCGACCAGACUGGCAGAACGCUUGGCUCCACACAAAUACCUCACCCACCCUAACAGUGAAGACCAAGAGUCCCAGAAAGAAAUCAUCGCCCUAGAGAUUGUGGACUCCCUGAGUUAAACCUCAGUUAAACCCCACUCCUUAGGCCCGAUGGCACUUUUUAUGUUUUGCCCUUCACAUAGGGGUGGCGUCCUCUAAACAGAGCCAGAUUCUGGACUCAGGAGAGUAGGGCAUCCCAGUUUGUUCUUGUUUCUUUCUUCACAUCUUUGAAUGAAAGGUUCCUUGGAAAAUUGUUCCAUGCCAUCUCUCCUACUAAUGGCCAACUGGGACAAAAUAACAUAAAGCCCCAGAAGACUACCAAGCCCAACUUUGAAAACACAAAGUCAUCUUUGGGUUGAACCCCAUUUGCAGUGUCCCAAACAUCACACCAUUUGGAAGAUCUCAUCAUGUCGCUUUGAUCGCAAUUCAUCAGUGCUAUCUGAGGGCUGUGCAAACAUCUCAACUGUGUGCAGUAGUCUACAUUGUGGGCCAUAUUUUAGUUUUAAACCCUGGUGCUGGUCGCUCCACAUGUGGUUGCUGUUGACUGGGUUGUGUAAAAAGUGCCAGUUCUGUCCCAACUCAAACACUCGGGACACAUGGAUGCGACAGACCUUAAAGUUUACAAGUCUUUGUGUUGACCUCCUAGGUCUAGCUUUGUGAACAAAGUCCUCCUUCAGGUUCAGAGAAGCAGCUACACCUCACGCUUUUUCUGGUGCUUUGGUUACCCUCCAUCAGAGGAGGCAACCAUCACACACAGGUUGUGACCUUACGAAGAGGUCAGGGUUCAGGGAAAUCACCAGUAACAUCACAGGUCCAUAACAUUUCCAUCAGCUUCUGGACUACAUUCAUUGUUCACCCUAGGCCAAUGAGUACAUCUUGCGUCUCUUGACAAACUUGAAGACGCCUGGUUUAUAUCAAAUGGUUAAAGAGCACAAUUUUCCAAAUACACCUUUAGAUGAAACAGUCAUUACUAGGGAUGGAUAUUACUGCCGAUGUGACUCUGACAAGCUCCCGUAACCGUUUUUGGACUUUUCCUCAAAGGUGCUUAUGUACGAAUGCUGGUUUGUAUGGAAACAUGUCAGUACCUUAGUAGACGACCUGUACAAACAGAACAUGACUUUUGGUAUCCCUGACGU